CCAACCACCACUCACAAGUAAACACAAACACGCGCAUCUGAUAUAACAAACAAGCAUCGCAUAGACGUAAGUAGAUUCGCAAAUUCAUCUAGUAAGUACGAUUCUGGGACUGAGCCAAAUUACCGAAAUGACACCAUCUCAGCCCCCUCGAGACAACUCCAAGACCACCGGUCUGGCAGGCAUUCCUAUUCCAACCGAGCUCGUCCUGCAGAUCGUGAAAGCCAUUGGCCCGCGACCGAAGCCAAAGCCGGCAAAGCAUCUGAGACUUCCCGGUGCUCUCGAGGCCGAGGCUGACUCCGAUUCAGAUGACUUAGAGAUAGUAGACAACUACUUUUACGAAGAUCCCAAUAAGCCGACACAAACGGACGUUCUCGACGGCAUUACCGACCUCAAGAACCUGACUGUCUCUUGUAGAGCACUGUACCAAGUCCUGAGAGGUGAGCUUUACAGACGAAGUGGGCAAGAGGACGACUGGUAUGCUCUUCGAUGGGCCAGCUUUCACGGCAAUCUCUGUGCGCUGGAAGCAGCCGUCGAGGCCGGCGCAACAGUCAACUACGCCUUCUCAAAGGCGGGAACUCCAAUAGACACGAUGAAAUACGGACGCGUAGAUAGCACCUUUGAAAGCAACUUCCCCAGACUGCCGAGGUCAAUGACGUACAACUUUGGCACGCCCUUGCUCGCGGCGGCGUAUGGCGACGUCACCCGGCGACAUCAGGCAAUCAAGUGGUUGCUCUCCCACGGCGCAAAUCCAAACGUCACAGACGCCAACGGCAUCACUCCGCUGCAUAUCGUAUGUAGAUGGGGCGUGCGAGCGAGCGUGACCGUCGAGCUCCUCUUAAAGAAAGGCGCAGACGCCAAUUCCCUCGGCCCUCGAGGGUGGACGCCUCUGCACAUGACGUGCUAUACGCGCAGAUGGCAUCCUGACCCGGAGGACCCUCGGCGUCUGUCUCAGCAGAAGCAAGAUCUCGCCAUGAUACCUACUGCAAAGGAGCUGAUCAAAGCAGGGGCUGACUUGCGGGCCAGGACGACGUUGGGCGGGGCUAAGGAGUCUGGCGAGCCCUACAUCGGUGGCCUGACGCCGUAUGAGUUGGCUCUUUACUGUCAGAACGUUACGAUGGUCGAGUUCUUCCGCGAGCAGGAAGCGAUUGCUUCGGUUAGGUGAGUUGAGAUCAUAGAGUAACCCGGCAAGUUUGAGGGCUAGAGAUUAUUGUUUGAAAUGGCGUU